AGGCGAUGUUUUUGUUUUGAAGUAAACGCGUGUGCUUGAAUUCGGAGUCGGCUGAUUCGGUGCAAAUUUUGGUUCUGAGCUCGAUAUCAGACGUCUUAUUACGCGAGACCGUUGCCUUUGUGAGGCGUUCCGUAAAUUGCAUCAUGCUUUGUAAAUUUUGAAGUAGGCUGAAGGUUGUGUUGAAUGUGUCUGGAAGAGUGGGGAUUGGUGGGCCGAUUGUCCGCUGCCGGCCGCCGUACUGGGACCGGGACCGACCCCCUGACUCGGGCUCGGCGUGAAACGGCCGGGACUGCCUGGACUGGAUUGUAAGAGGGCAACCCGAACAGAGAUGUCGGACUGUGAUUCCGAGAAUUACUCGUCGGAGGAGGACGUGGACUACGAGCCUUCAGAUGAAGAUUACAGUGAAGAUGAUGUCAGUGAGCUGGUAAAAGAAAAUCUCGAGGAUGAUGAUGAACAGCCCCAGAAAAAGAAGUCAGCAAAAAAGUCAGGAAAACGAAUCUCCACUAGCAGAAACACGCGAUCUUCAGAAUGUGGUAAUGAGGGCAAAGGCGAGUGUGACCAGGAUGUUGAUCCCGAGGAAUGUGCCAAGAUGGAAAAGAAGAAGGCCGAUGAUCUCUGGGCCAGCUUCCUGAGUGAUGUUGGGCAAAAGGCAAAACCAAAGGCAACUAUUCCAGCUUCCACCAAAGAGGAAACAUCAGUUGAAGAGAAGUCAAACAAGCAUCAGGAUUUAGUGAAAGAUACAGAGAAACUAAAAUCACCUGGAAAGGUCACAAUCACAAAGGUGUUUGAUUUUGCUGGUGAAGAGGUGAAGAUAACUAAAGAAGUGGAUGCUGCUUCCAAAGAAGCAAAAAACUUUUUGCAAAAGCAGAAUAAUGUGGAGGAGAAAUGUUCUACUACACCAGUGUCCGUGGCAACCGGAGCCCCUACAGGCUCAGGAACUAAAAGACCAAGUGGGUUAAGUAAUAUUCUGGGAAAGAUUGGAGGAAAGAAGCAAAAGUUGAGCACUUUGGAGAAAUCGAAGAUUGACUGGGAAACAUUCAAGGAAACGGAGGGGAUUGGAGAUGAGCUUGCAAUCCACAACCGAGGAAAGGAAGGGUACAUUGAACGGAAAGCUUUCUUGGAUAGAGUUGAUCACCGGCAGUUUGAGCUGGAACGUGACAUCCGGCUCAGCAACAUGAAGCCAUAACUUUAAUCUUGCAGCCAAAAGUCAUUUGCUUGAAGUAAAUCUGUAUCCAAGAUACUCGUCGAUUCUGAGUACAGCAGCAGCCAAUGAUAUGUGGCUGCCCCUCAAGAACUGUAAGCAAUGUCUGGCUCUACUUUCCUGUGAAUUCCAUUGUAGAUUUUUAUUGUCAACUUUCUAUUGAAGAUAUGUGUUUUUUUAAAUAAUGAUUGAUAGUUGGCUAAUAGUAUCAAAAUGUCUUAUUUAAUCUAGUUCAAUGAGGUGACAAAAAUCAUUGCAUGUUUUAGAACUUCCUGCUUGGCUGGACUUGCAUUGAUGUUAUUUGGUGACACCACUCUUGUUCAACAGGACAAAAUAAUUAUUUGUACUUCAGUUGUUUCUAUUUGUUUUUGAUAUCUGCGGUCUUAAUCAUGAAUGUUGCUGAUGUGUCUACAGAAUUAAAAUGAAAAUUAAUAUCA